AUGCUUUCUCAAACAACUAGAGCUACUAAUUUAUUAGAACAACCACUUAAUACUGAUUUAUUAAAUUUUUUGGCACUUGACAUUCAAAUAGAAGUUAUUCGAUUAAUUACAUUAAAUGUUACCCAAAGAAUAGGGGAGAUUGGAAAUUUUCUUAUCACCGAUGAUCAUUGUAAAUGGUUAAUGGAAACUAUUGGAAAAGGGUUUUCAUUACCUCUUUCAGAAAUUGAUACUAUUUCAAAUUGUCUUUCAAUAUAUGAAAGUUGGUUUUUAGAAGAAGUUGGAACUCCAAGACCAAUUAAUGAUAAUCUUGUUGGGUACAGUGAUGUUGUUAUUGGUCAAGUUUCAUUAUUAUUCAGCCAAAGACAAGAACAAAUUCAUCCACAAACUAUGAUUAAUUAUGCUGAAUUAUGUUUAAAAGCAGUUAACUUAUUAAAACAACUAUCUUAUAAAUUAAAUAAUACUGAAACUUUAAGAAGAACUGUUUGUGUUUUAAUUGCAUCUAUUGAUGAUAUAUGUGGUCCAAUUGAUAAUCUUACAACAACACCUCCUAUGACUAAAGUAAUUGAUGAAUCUAUAUCACUAUUAUAUCAACUUUGGUUACAGUUAAUGCCAUCUGAUAAUUUAAUUUGGGGAGUAUUUUCAUUGUUUCAUAAAAAGUGGAUAAGAAUUUCAGAAGUAGCAACAAAUUGGUGUAGGUAUUGUUGUUCAAUUGAAAGUUCUUUAUUAAAAUGGCUUUUUAAUCCAUUAAGUGAUGGAAGCAUUCAUAUAGUAUUUAAAUUAAAUGAUUCUACAAUAGAAACUGAUUGUAAAGAAGGUUAUGGUCUUAAAUUUUGGUUAAGAAUUCUUCAUUGUUGUGGUAAUCCAACAUCAAUUUCUGAUAAUAAAGUAUUUGCUAUAGUUCAACAAGGACUUAAUGAUAUGAUAAUGGAAUUAAUUGGAUUUACUAGUACAACUUCACUCCCUAAUGGAAAUGAUAUGUUUAACAUAUUUAUUGAUACUUUAUAUCAUCCUAUUCGAUACAUGGAUCAUAAUAAUUAUUCUGAUGGAAUUACUAUUGCUAUAAAAUCUACUAUUCUAAUGUUUAAAAAGAUGUCAUCUAUUACUGUUUACCAUACUCAACAUUACUGUAAAAUAUUAAAAAUUAUUGAAACUUGUUUAUUGAGUCCAGCACUUAUUGUAGUUGAGUAUACAGUUCAAUUAUUGUUAGGAAUUUUUAAUGAAAAGAAUCAGUCAAUGGUAUUAUUAUUACCAGCAAUAGUAUCAGCAACAUCCAAAGUUAUUUCACAAUCAAAUCAUAUAUUUAAAUUAAGUGCUAUUAAAUUAAUAGCAGAACUUCAAUUAUCAAUUGGAAAAGAACGUUCUAAUAUAGUUAUUCCAUCAAUAAAUAAAUUCCAAGAAAAUGAAAAUUCAAUUACCUAUGGCAGUAUUAAAAAAGAAUUAUUUUCUAUUGCAUUAUCUGCUUUUGAAAAAGAAACAACUAAAGGAGAAAAUUUGUUAGAAAAUAUUAAGGUAAUUGGGAAAUUCAUUAUUGAUGCAGCAAAUGAAAGUUCUAUUGAAGAAGUAAUAAAUAAAACAAUUUCAUUCUUUAUAAAAUGUAAUGAACAAUUAAAAAUAUUAUUAAAUACAUCAUCCAUGGAUAUCAUUGAUUUUAUUGAAAUUAUUAUUGAAUAUUCUUCAUUAAUAGAAAAUCAAGCAAAUGACUUAAUUCCUUUAUUUGAAUUUUUGUUAAUGUUUAUUGAAAAUAAUAUAUCAGGAACAUCUUGGAAAAAUCUUCAUCAACUUGUUGGAACAUUUGCUAAAUUAUAUUGUAUUUGCUUUGAGGUUAUACCAUCAAGUAUGUUUACUCGUUGUAAUAUAAUGUUUAAUCGAUGGUGUCAAUCAAUCCCACCAAAUAGAACAGAAGAUGGAAAUACUAUCUUUGAUGUAAGGUUAUUAAAUAGUUUCAAACAAUAUGUACUUCCUUUUGUUCCAUUAAAAACAACUAUUGAUGAAUUACAAAUGAAACAAAUAUUUACAAAUAAAGGUAUUAAUCAUUUUGAUGAAUAUACCCAUUUAUAUUACAAGGAUGAUUCUAUUCUCUCUUUUAUUGAACUUCCUUGGAUGAGAACUUCUGAAACAAAAUCUUUACUUCUUAUUUGUAGAAAUUACUAUGGAAAACAAUGUUACUUAUUAAAUAUGCUCUUAGAAACAAAAGAAUGGACAUUAUUAUUAGAUAGUUCUACUCCUUCACCAUACGAACCAAUUAUUCCUUCGAUUGAACAAGCAUCUUGGAAUAAAAAUUGUUCAGAAAAUAUAGAGCCUUUAUUAGCUGAAUUAAAGAAAGAUGUUGAAAGUCGAAUAGAUGGUGAUUCUAGAUUAACAAUACCAUCAACUAUCACAGAAGAAUAUCUCAAUAACCAAAAUAUUUUAAGCCCAUCAUGUUUAUGUCGUAUAUUAUUAAAAACACUUGGAAUUACUUCAUUUGAAAAUAAAUAUCAAACACUAUUACCAACAGAUGAAGUAUUAGCUAUUACUAAAAAGAUAGACUCUAUUUCAACUAAAAAUAGUGUAUAUGUAGAUAUAAUAAAUUCUAAUACAUCUUCUCAUGAAUUUAUUACUUUCAUAAAUGGUCUUGGUAAUGUCUUUGAAAAGCAAACAGGAGAACAAGAAUUAAAAUACACCGAUGAUCAAUAUAUCAUUUAUUUUGGAAAUAAUGUUCUCUCCAAAUCUUCUUAUCCAAAUACAUCACCAAUUCAAAUAAGAUGGAACACUCCACUUGACACUGAAUCAACAAAUCUUCAAAUUUCAAUCACACCAACAAAUAGUGAUUUAUAUUUAAUAGAAUCAACUACCCCUCUUUUUACAUUAGAAAAAAAACAAUUAAUAAACUUUUCUUGUUUAUCUAACAUUGUUAGAGAAGCUAUUCUAUCAUAUUCAAGAAGAACUACAAAACUUUUAGCUCCAUUAUUAACAAGAAAAGAGUCUUUUGAUGAAAUACUAAAUCUCAAAACAGACACUCUUCCAUUCCUUGAUUGUCUUUUUAAUAAGAGCCAAAUCAUUGCUAUUAAAGAUCUUGGAUUUAAAUCUAUUGAUAAGUUCUCUAACAUAACUCCUUUUGAUAAAACUUAUUCAUCUCAACCCUCAGUUAAAACUUCAUCAACAACAAUUCAACUUGCACAAUUACCACCAGCUUCUACUCCUGUUAAAACAAUAGAACCGUCAUUAUCAAAAUCUUCUUUAGAUACUGAAAAUGGACCAUCAACCCCUACAAAAACUCAUAAAGGUUUAUUCUCAAGAAAGAGUGCAUUGAGUUUUAGUGAUAAGAAAGAAAAUGAUAAAGAGAAAAAAGAUUCUAAUACAAGACAAACUGUUUCUGGAAAACCAAAUGACGGAACCCCAAGAGAAGGAGAUAAGAAACCAAGAUUUUCUCUGUUCAAGAAAACAAAGAAAUAA